ACGUAGACUCAAAAACCAGCCAAGCAUUGACACCAACGAUCUCAUGCUUUACAACGGUAAAAUCAUCACAAUCUCCCUAUAUAAUUCACACCAAUCACACCCUCAAUCCCCAUCAAUUCUUUCUCAUUCUUUCUCUAGCAAAACUUGGGUUGCUGCUUGAGCACUUGCUGUGGGGUUUCUAGUAUAUUUUUCUCUUGUUCGAAAAUGGGGUCGAAGAGAUUUUCUGGUUCUUUGUUUGUGAUGCUGGUCUUGGGAUUUCUUCUUGGGGUUUCUCGGGGUUAUAAAUUCUAUGUUGGUGGUAGAGAUGGUUGGGCUACAAACCCUUCUGAGAGAUACAGUCAUUGGGCUGAAAGAAACAGGUUUCAAGUCAAUGAUACUCUCUUUUUCAAGUACAAGAAAGGAACGGAUUCAGUCUUGAUAGUAAGCAAAGAUGAUUACUACUCAUGCAACACCAAGAACCCUAUAAAAUCCUUAACAGAUGGUGACUCAAGUUUCAUCUUUGAUCGUUCUGGUCCUUUCUGUUUUAUUAGUGGCAAUGCUGAUGAUUGCAAUAAGGGUAAGAAACUGAUAAUCGUUGUCAUGGCUGUGAGACCAAAACCCCUCCCUCUCACUCCUUAUUCUCCCAUAACACCAGCUUCUUCACCUCAACCUACUAGUUCUCCACCGGCUGUGUCUCCGGAUGCCCGGAGUCCUUCGGAUUCCGCUGGUCCUGCGCAGGCUCCAUCGACUAAUAGUAAAUCGGGUUCGUCGGGUUUUACUGCUGGUUCAUUGUCAGUUGGGUUGGUUUUGGGUGCUAGCAUAGGGGUUAGCUUCAUAUUGGGUGGCUUUCUUAGGGUUGUUUAAGUUGGUUUCUUGAUGUUAGUGAGGAUUGAAGUUAGAACAAGGGUCGCUCUGUAUUGUUUUGUUCUUUAUUGUUUUCUUGUAGUUUGGUUUAUCAAUAAAAACCGUGUCUGUUUUAUUUUCA